GUUCGAGGCACUGCUGCUGGAGCAUUUGGGCGCGGCUGACGUCCUCCGCGCCCGCGAGGCGCGCGCCUGGGUCAGAGCUGAGCUCCUCGCCCUCGAAUUGGCAGCGCCGAAGCCGGCGGGCGGCGGCUGCAGCGCAGGCGGCGCGGCGGGGGCAGCGGACGAGGAGGACGAUGUGUAUGAUGGCACGUCUGAUGGUGCUGGGCCCGAGGAGGCGUGUGACUUGCCAUCGGCAGCAAUUGAAGAGGAAAUGGAGGACGAGGCGGAGGAGAGGGAGGAGGAGGAGGAGCGGGAGGAGCAGAAGGAACGGGAGGAGCAGAAGGAAGUUGGACCGGAAGAGGCCAAGAAUCAGCUCUGCGCGCAGCAGCAGCAGCAGCAGCAGCAGCAGCAGCAGCAGCAACAGCAGCAGGAAUGGCUGGAUAUCAGCUCAGGACAGCAGCAGCAGCAGCAGCAGGAAUGCGCGCUCGCACAGGCACCCAGCAAUGUGGCCGUGCGGAUCGCCCUGGCGUUGCAAGAGGCCAUCAGUCCUCGUGAUACUGACCGGCCUGAGGAGGCUUGCGAGCAGGAGGAAGAGCAGACCCAGCAAUGCACCUUGCUGCCGCUGGGUCUGCCCGUGCAUGAAGAUGGGCGGUCGGCCGCGGCAGCGCCGCGUGCGCAGUCGCCUUGUGAGCAGGUGGCGGAAUGCAUGCAGGCGGCAGGGGCAGGCGGGCAGCACAUGAUAUGUGCUCAUGAGACGCGAGCAUUGGACAAUGAGGAAGAAGAUGCGCAGGAGUGUGCAGCUUGGCAGGGUGCUGAGGCAGCUGCCGAGCAGGCAGGAGCUAAUGAGGCAGCUGAGCAGGCAGCAAGGGUGACGGCUAAGGUCGCCGGCCAGGCUGCGGCGCAGCACGCUCCGUUACUGACCGUCACGGAGGCAGCAGACGUGACAGCUGAGCUGGCAGCCAUGCAGCCUGGGUUGCCUGAAUUCCAGCAGACAGUCGAGCCGAGGGAGUGCGAGGCUGCGGCACAGGAGAGCGCCUUGGAGUAUGCCGGGCAGGCAGCCAGGCAGAUAGCCGAGGCUGCAGGCCAGCAAGCACCACAGCAGGCAGCCAAACAGGCCGUGCAGCAGGCAAGCAGCGAAGCGGUGGCGCUGGCCGCUGAGCCGCAGGGCGAGGAAAACGGCGCUGCAGUUGCCGUGCUGGAGGGUGACGAGUCCGGCAUGGCAGGUUGGGGAAAGAGCGAGGCUGGCCGUCUGGUGUGCCAGCAGCAGCUAGGAGUGGAGUCUGCCCAGCAGAACGGCGCCAAGCUGACGCCGGCGACAAUUGAGCAGCAGCAAGAGGCACACACGGUCGAGCUGAUGCAGCUGCCGCCUUUACAGCAGCAGCAGCAGCAGCAGAAGGAGCAUGAGCAGCAGCAGGAGGAUGGGCAGCAGCAGCAGCAGCAGCAGCAGGCACAGGAUGACCGGCAGGUGCUUGCCAAGCAGGCCGCGGAGCGGCAGGCAUGUGAGGCGUUCCUCGCCGCGUGCGAGUGGCAGGCAGAGCUGCUGGCGGCCCAUGGGAUGUUGGUGGGGCGUACGGCGGAUUGGAGGGAGCUGGCGGCGGUGCAGCAGCAGCUGGUCGCGGCCACAUUGGCGUUAGGGCCAAGCUCAAUCAGGGUGCAGCAGCAGCAGCAGCAGCAGCAGCAGCAGCAGCAGGAGGAGGAGCAACAGGAGCAGGAGCUGCAGAACCACCAGCACCAGCACAACCAGCAGCAGCGACAGCAACAGGAGCAGCAGCAGGAGCAGCAGCAGAAGGAGCGUGGGUUAGACACGCAGCAGGGGUGGGAGCAGCAGGCGCAUGCGUCAGCAUGCAAGCAGACGUAUGCCGCCGGCGGGGAGCAGCCAGCAGCGCGCAUGACACAGGAGGAGCCGCCGGUCGCAUGCGGCCAGCAGACCGAAACGCCGGACGCAGCGCUGGCGGCGUGCGCGCAGCCAGACCUGCUGGCGGCGUGGGCGCAGCUGCCAGGGGCUGCGGCGGCGCACGCGCCUCCAUUGCCCGCGGCGCAUGCACAGCAAUCCGCGGCGCCGGCUGCGCACGAGCAGCAUGCGGAGCCGGAGGCGCCCGCGCAGCCGCCCCAAAAGCCGCCUGCCUACCAUGGGCUGCUGUCAGCUUUCGGGCGGGAAUCAGGGAUCAAAGCCGCAGACGGUGGGCAUACGUUGGGGCGCGAAUUGCACGGGGAGCCUGCGCUGACAUGCCUGCGUGAAUUCUCGGACUGCCUGAGCAGCGGGCGCCUGCCUUUGGAGCUGAUACCCUCUGACAGAUCUGAGCAGCUGCUGCUGCAGCCGUCCGAGCGGCGGCUGCAGGCGCCGAUGCGAGAGGGGUCGGAAGCGGGGGGACGCUUGAGCGACUCUGGAGGACGGCGGUGCGACGGCAUGCGCGGUGCCCAGAAGGCACAGGACGGGAGUCAGAAUGAGGCGCAGUCACCGCAGGAGGGGGAUGAUAACGUGGCUGUGUCGCAGCCGCCGCCGCCGCCGACGCAGCAGCAGCAGCAGCAGCAGCAGCAGCAGCAGCAGCGGUGGCAGGAGCAGCAGCAGGAGCAGCAGCAGCAGCAGCAGCCACAGCAGCAGCUGGGCAGGGACAGGCGCGAGCGGCUGGCGCUGUUCAGGCAGCAGCAGCUGCGGCCGAAGCCGCUCCAGCUGCCAGCCUCCCCGCAGGCAGCGCCUUCAGCAGGUGUGCCCCCCAGGUCGCCAAUCGCGCGCCAGCUGGAGGCACCGGGGCGCGCGGCUCGCCUGCCAGUCGAGGCUUCAGCUAGCCCCAUCAUCAUCCGCAGUCCCACCAGCACGGCCGGCCGCUUGUCGCGCAGCGCCAGCCCUCGCACGAGCAUCGCCAACAGCAGCGGCGCCGCGGCCGCGAGCCCUGCAGGCAGCGCGGGGCGCGCCAUUCGCGGCGGCGCGGCCGGCUUGGACGCCGCUUUGCGGGCCAGCUUUGGCGGCAAGCCCAGCCCCCGCGCCACGUGCAUCGCUAAACCAAUCAGCAGCAGCGGCGCGACCAGCCCCGUCGCGCUGUUGGCGCGCCCCCGCGUCACCAGCAGCCCCGCCAGCCCCAUGGCUGCCGCCCUCUCUCCAGGUGUGUCCAGCCCCGGCGCCGGCAAGAGCAAGGGGCCUGUUGACAGCGGCGCAAGGGUGCACCUAAGGCCUGGCUCCCCGCGGAUUGGGACGGCUUCGGAGGCAAUUCUGCUCAAUCCGGAUCCCAGCUCAACUGCGGGGGGCCGGCGUCCGAGGGCGCCAGUCGGGAGGAUAUGGCGGGGGUGA